AUGCGAAAGUCCUACUGGAGCUAUCGAUCAACGGCGUGCACAGGAAUAGAACGAGUGUUAAAUGUACCUAAAGCUGACGAACUGAGCCGUUAUGAAAUUGACGAAAUCCUUGCUAUUUUGCCACCUCUGGAAGGGAAGAAUGUGGUCGACCUUGGUGCGGGAAUAGGACGGUAUACUGCACCACUUGCCAGUGCAGCAAAUCAUGUGACAGCGGUGGAAUUGGUGGAAGAGUACACGGAAGCAAACAGAGCUUCGAAUGGACACAUUGGAAAUAUUGACUUCAUUACUUCCGAUGUGGUUCAUCUAAACCUAAACACUGACUGUUGUGAUUUAGUUUUUUCCAACUAUUUACUUCAAUAUCUGGAUGACGACGAAACAAGAAAAUUUGCAACGAAUGCUUUGAAGUGGAUAAAACCUGGUGGAUGGAUGUUUUUUCGUGAGGUCACAAUAGAAAAAAGUGGAAUGUCAGCUGCAACUAAAGUUGUUGUACGACAAGAAGCAAAAGCCAUUAUUGCGAUAAUCUAA